AUGAGCGAUCCGCUCGACAAGAUCAUGGGGAACAUGGGCGGCGACUUGAAGCCAGCCUCAUCCACCAGCAGCUCAAGCUUCACAAGAAUCCCAAAAAGAGAUCGCACAUCGCCGGAGAAGGGAGAGCCAUCAUCAAAGCGCUCCGCUCCAUUCACAACUCCAUCCUCUACCACCAAAAUCGGACGUGACUCCUUUGCUGUGAUGGAUACAAUGGAGGUUCAGAUGAACAUGUUCCAAUUGGACAUCACAAAAAUGCCACCAGUCAUUCAACGCCUUCACGUUGAUACCUUGAUCAUCACCUCGAAAGGAAAAGAGAUCAAUUUGAAUCUGGGAACAGUGUCCACUGGUGGAGACGUAAACUCGCACAACCGCCGUUUGGCUCAACAUGAAAUAAUGCGAAAGUUCUUCGAGAAGAAGCGAUCUCUGUUCAGCAGCUCAAGCUACCACUCGCUGGCUUAUGACACUGCUGCGUGUCUUUACAUUCCGGAAGGACAGUAUCGCGGCGGUGAAUAUGAAGAAGUGUGCCUCUCACAGCAGGACUUUGCACCAGAAGAAUGGGAUAUUGUCUCGAAAAUUUCCCGCCGUAAGGAUGACUCCUUCAUCGUAAGAAUCAAGCCAGCUGGUGCCGUAUACACCCAAGGAGAUGAACUAUUUGAGCCCAGCAACAGAUACGAGUUGACAAGAAUUGUCGAGAUCGUAACCUCACAGAAAUUGAACACCACCGAUUUUUAUCAAUUCGGAAAUGCCACGUUCCCACUUCGAGCUCAUCCGAAUUCCGAACCAGAUGCCUCUUCGGAAAUUCGCUCAGGAUUCGCCAAAGUCGCUCGUCUCACUGAAGGUCGCGAAGGAAAACACGAGAUGUUGAUGACAGUCGACACUAAGCUUUCUCCAUUCUACAAACCAACUUCCGUGAUCAGAUGCGUUCUUACCAAGAUUCAAGAGUCUCGUGGAGGAGGCGGAGGAGGCGGUCGUGGAGGAUAUGGUGGCGGUAGAGGCGGCUACGGAGGACGCAACGACUCCAGAGAUUCGCGCGGAAGCUUCGGAGGUCGCAGUGACUCAAGAGAUCCUCGUGGAUACGGAGGAGGUUACGACAGAAGAUCCGACUCUCGAGACAGCCGUGGUGGCAGAGAUUCCUACGAUUCACGUCGCGGUGGCGGAGACAGCGAAGAUUUCAGCUCUCAUGAAAUCGAUGAAAUCGCCAGGGCUUGCAUGGAAAGUGACAAAUUCUUGUACUCGUUGGAAUCUGCACUCAAAGGAUUGUUUGCCGAAGCCAUUCAUCUCAAGGGCUCUGCCUGCACAAUUCGUAUCACUGGUAUUAAGCAAUGCACUGCUAACAACACCAAAUUCACCAAGAAAGACGAUAAGGGAGAGCGCGAGAUCUCUGUCUCUGACUAUUUCUACGAAGAGUAUAACAUCAAGCUCAAGUAUCCAAACCUUCCACUUAUUGUGUCAAAGAAGAUGAAGUACGAGUGCUUCUUCCCAAUGGAGGUCCUCCGUAUCAUUCCUGGACAACGUAUCAAGGUCAACAAGAUGAGCGCCACCGUCCAAUCAGCAAUGACUGGAAGAAACGCAACCAUGCCACGUCAGCACGUGGAUCUUGUUCAGAGAAUCCUCCAAGACUCCUUGAAGCUCGAAAGAAACAAAUACAUGGACGCCUUCGGAAUUGAAUUGAAAUCAACCAGACCAGUUCAAUUGAAAGCGAAAAUCUUGCCACCAGCGGAAAUUCGAUUCAAGAAUCUGACUUAUAUGCCAGAAAUUAAACGUCCAGGAUUCAAAAACCCAGGCAAGUUUGUGGAGCCAGCGCACAUCUAUAGAGUCGCUGUGGUUUCGUUUGACAACGCCAUCGAUAUGAGACAAGCUGAGGACUUCUGCGAUCGUCUCUUUGACUACUGUAGAGAUCAAGGAAUCAAAUGCGACCGCGAAUCGAAGGAUUGGUCGAUUCGUGAGUUGAGCUCCUCGGACAACGUUGGUAUCAAGGAAGCCAUGGAGAAUUGGAUGAAGAAAAAGGUUGACAUUUUCGUCGGAAUCGCUCGUGACAAGAAACCAGAUGUGCACGACAUCAUGAAGUACUACGAGGAGUCCGUUGGAAUGCAAACUAUCCAACUUUGCAAGCAGACAGUCGACAAGAUGAUGAAUCCACAAGGAGGUCGUCAGACAAUCGACAACGUCAUGCGCAAAUUCAACUUGAAAUGCGGUGGAACCAACUUCUAUGUUGAUAUUCCGAGCAAUAUUCGUGGAAGGAGUAUCUGUUCCAAUACCGAGACUUUGCACAAAAAGUUGCUUGAGAAGGUUCAAUUCAUCGGCUUUGAAAUUUCCCACGGAGCUGCUCGCACUCUCUACGACCGCUCUCGCAAUCAAAUGGACGGAGAACCAUCGAUCGUCGGUGUCUCUUAUUCGUUGAAGCAGUCUACUCAACUCGGAGGUUUCAGUUAUAUGCAAACCCAAAGAGAAUACAAGAUCCAGAAGCUCGACGACGCUUUCCCAAAAUGCGUCAAGGCAUACGCUGAAGACGCGAAGACGCUUCCAACUCGCAUCGUCAUCUAUCGUGUCGGUGCUGGCGAGGGAGAUUUCAAGAGAAUCAAGGAAGAAAUCCAGGAGAUUCGUGGCACUUUUGAGAAGAUCGAGAAAGGAUACAACCCAGCUCUCGUUUUCAUUGUCGCUCAGAAAGGCUCUCAUACUCGUAUCUUCCCAUCGAGAAUCGAUGGAAACAAGGCUUUCGAGCAGAAUGUCCCAUCCGGAACUUGCAUCGACAACGUCGUCACCUCGUUCGGCUACGAUGAGUUCAUUCUCAGCUCACAGACUCCAUUGAUUGGAACAGUUCGUCCAUGCAAGUACACCAUCAUAGCUAACGAUCCAGCCUGGUCCAAGAACGAAUUGAUCCAUCUCACCUAUUUCCGUGCUUUCGGUCAUCAAGUCAGCUACCAACCACCAUCGGUUCCAGACGUUCUCUACGCAGCCGAGAAUCUCGCCAAGCGUGGAAAGAACAACUACAGAGUUCAUCAGCGCUACGUCAGCAUGCAGGCCAUCGAGCGUCGCAUAAUCUCGGAGAACGCCGACUUCGUCAACGAGAACAUGCAAGAGCAAUUGGCAUCUGCGAUCAUCGACGAAAUGAGCGACGCCAUGAACGGAAUGACCAUUCCAAAGAGAAACUUCUGGGCUUAA